GGAGGAGAGAGGGUUGCCUGAGAGCAGAGGAAUCCAGGACCACCAUGCCCACUGAAGGAACUCUGAGACGAGACUGAGACUUUAGAACACACAGAUCGCAAUGGGAAACUCUGAGAGCCAGUACAGCAUUCAGGGGUCCAAGGGCACCAGCUUAAUCUUCCCAGGGAAACAAAAGCCCUACUCACUAAAGUUCCGCUCAAACAAAGAAGAGGUUCUAUCCCCCCAUACGUGGUGGAAAGGUGGCCCGGGGGGCUCGGGGUACAAGGCCAGGGCUGUUGGUCGAGGAUGCCUCUCCCCCCUGCAGAGGAGAGGAGACCCGUACAUCUCCAGACACUAUGAUUACGUCACCAAGGGGGUGAAGGGCAGUCCAAACUCCCAUAUCUGGCAUGGCUCCCCACCAAGAGGCUGCUCACACCUCCCAGCUGAGAAUAGAUGCUGCCCCUAUGAGGGCAGGGGAAGCCUGUACAGUAGAGCAUCAGGGGAUCUGAACGACUAUGCUAUAAACGGACACAGGACCCCAGAGAGGAUGCGAGGAGAGGGGGAGGGGCUUGAGGAGCAGAGCAGUCCCAGGGUGGUCAUCAAGAAGGAUGGUAGUCUGAGGGUGGAGUUCACCAACACUAACAGUGGUCUGCUGGUAGAUGAGGCAUCUGGGCCAGUGCAGCUGCUCAAGUUCUCCCCCGCUCUGGAGUCCACCUCUAGUCUGCCUGGCAGCAGCAGGCCUGAGGCCCACCAUGGUGCUCCGCAGCCAGCCUCAACCUCAACCGUCUAUGGGAAACCGUAG